CGAACCUACCGUAAUUACUAAGCCGAAUUCCUCGUUAUCUCUUAUCACUGAUUUUCGUCACGUGAUGCAGACGCGUUGAGCGGCUAGAUGUGCAUGUGACCUCUCGAUCGCGUGAUUCAUUGGCCAACGAGAUAAGCCACUCUCGCCCUAAGAUUAAGUUGGUUUGCCAGCGUGCAUUUUUGGCUAGUCUGCCCAAUAGAAAAAGACAUCUAUUAUGGUGGCUUUGGACUUACCAGCGAUGAGUCGCGUGUCUACAUGCCCGGUCACCUGCUCCCGUAUCUGCAGAAAGGCCUUCCUUAGUUCCUAACACCAAAAAUAUAAGACAUCACGCGCGCCGUCAAUUGCGAUUUUUGUGCUCAGGAUUGCGAAUAAAGACCGGGGCUACAAAAUCAAAUUCCAGUCUCAUACAUCGUUCUCACCUCACUGUCACUGAACCUAAAGUGCAUUGCCGGCAGCAUGUCCGUCGUUGAAACAGUUACUGAAGUCUCGCAGACCCUGUCAUCACUCAACCUCCGCGGAGGGGACAAAGAGCAAAAGACAGAGCCAUACCCCUAUGCUCAUUUGCUUCCCCAUUUCUCACCUGAGCAGUACCCGGCUCUCGCACCCUUCAAACACGAAGAUCCAGGUUUUCGUGCACUCAAGCACGCAGAUCCCCGUUCAUUCCUUAAGAAUGCGACCAACGUGGUCGAACUGACGCCUAAUCUGGGCACAGAGGUCCAUGGUGUGAACCUCGCUACCCUUGAUAGUGAUGGGAGGGAUCAACUUGCGCUCGAAGUUGCGAGAAGGGGACUAAUGGUUUUCAGGGGCCAGCACGAGUUUAUAGAUAGAGGGGCUGAUUCGUACCUAGAAUGGGGACGGCAUUUUGGAAGGCUGCACAUUCAUCCUACGUCUGGGCACCCCAAGAAUUACCCGCAAGUUCACCUUGUCUACAAGGAUGCAAAGUCGUCCUUCAACUUUGAAAGGGAGGACAGCAUCACGUCGACUGUCUGGCACUCUGACGUCUCAUACGAGCUGCAGCCCCCGGGGCUCACAACCUUCUUCCUCCUCUCGCAGCCAACGACAGGCGGUGACACCUUGUUCACGUCCCAGAUAUCGACUCUAAAGAAGCUCUCGCCAUCGUUUGUCGCCUUCCUGCGCACGCUCAGCGCAGUGCACUCCGGGGUUGAGCAGGCUCAAUUCUCGCGCUCAGGCAAGCGUGGCGGCAUCGUGAGACGUGAGCCAGUAGAACAUGUCCACCCACUCGUGCGGCGUCACCCAGUCACUGGAGAGGAAGCAUUGUACGUCAACCGCCAGUUCACAACGCGUAUUGUUGGCCUGAAGCGUGAGGAAUCUGAGACUAUCUUGAAGUUCCUUUACGACCAUGUUGAUAAGAGCGGAGACCUCCAAGCCCGAGUGAAAUGGCAGCCUGGCACCGUUGUGCUGUGGGACAACCGUGUCACUGCGCAUUCUGCUAUCGUUGACUACGGAAAGUCGAAUGAACGCCGUCACGGUGCACGUAUCACCCCGCAGGCAGAGAGACCUAUUCCUGCGCUGGAAGGCCUUGAACUGCCUAGUGUUUAAUGGAUCGUGGCAUGGCGUUUCGGAAUGAGGACUUGAGUGCAACCUAUGUUAAUUGUAUGCAUUAGAUGUAGGAUAUUGCAAUUUGAAAUCACUGUACUAUGAUGCGACUUUCUCAUAACUUGUUGGUGGUAACUUGAAACAAGGUGGCACCGUGGAGGUCUAACGUCAUGGUCAGACUCAGCU